GAGCCUCGUUUACCUCUGUUUAGGCCUAAUUUUAUGUGGCCCAAGUUCAACAGAAAUUUGAAAUCUUGUCUAACCGGUUUUUGAUACACGUAUGGGUGAGGGAAUGUUAUGAAGUUUACCAAUUAGUCUACGAAUAAUUGAACUUGCAAUGAAAGCUGUUAUGAGUUGUGCAUGUGUCUCUUCGACAACUGCAGAUGGAUUUUGAUAAAGAGCAAGAACCAAUAAUACGAAGGUGGAGGUGCUUUGCCAAGCGACCAAGCAUCACAGUCAUGAUGGUUGCCGUAAGUUUCUGUUUCAUAAUUAUUUUGUGUGCAUUUAGUUUUUCUGGAUUAGGCAAUAAAUCGCAAGCUGCAAAGCGCUUUUAUGCACAUAAAGUAACAUUUUCGACCAAAACACCAUACAAAUACGAAGAAAACACGGAUGUGGUCGUUGAAAAACCUGAGGGAUGCAGAGCUACUCAAUUGAACAUGGUGUUCAGGCAUGGCACAAGAUAUCCGAGUGAAAAUGAUAUCAUUAAAAUCGACAAAAUGCUCGGAGUUUUAAAAAGCUUUCAACAUAAUGAAGAGUUUGUUAAAGCAUUGUCAAAAUUAAAUGUAACGUUGGAGAAUCCAUACAAAGUAAAUUUAGAAAAAGACUUAACAACUGUUGGUGAUAAUGAAUUGUACAAUAUUGGUAAGAGAUAUCAACAAAGGUUUCCUGAGCUACUUGAAAGUAACUUUAGGGUAAAUGAAUUCAAAUUUAAAAGCACAUGUAAAGCUAGAUCAAGCCAAAGUGCAUAUGCCUUUGCUCUUGGUUUUUUGGAAGGCCAUGGAUCAAUUGGUAAUGACAAGGUCCAGCCUGUGCCAAUAGAAAUAAACCCUUGCAAUAAUGACAGUUCCCUACGUUACUAUGAUCUAUGUACCAAAUAUCAGAAGCGGGUUGAAGAUAAUGACACUGCACUUAUUGAAGAAACAAAGUUUAUGUCUGGGAAAGAGGUAGAUGGGGUUGUCAAAAAAGUGAAAGCCUAUCUUCAGUUGCAAAAAGAAAAAAAUGUAACAUCAGCAGAAGUUAAAAUGAUGUAUCUUUUGUGUGCCUUUGCUAUUGGCAUAUUGGACCAGAACAUUAAUAAUGGAUGGUGCAAGCUUUUUGAUGGAGAAGAUUAUGAUGUGAUGGAAUACAUUCUUGAUUUGAAGUCUUAUUACAAAAGAAGUUCAGCAUACAAAAUUACGUAUGAAAGUAGCUGCCCACUGCUUCGAGAGAUUCUGAACUUCAUGAAAGCUAAAUCUGAAAAAUCAUCAGAAUCGGAAUUGUUUAGAGGCAUUUUCAGAUCUUCACAUGCAGAAACUGUAAUACCAUUAUACGCCUUGAUGGGACUGCUUGUUGACGAAAGACAUCUUCUUGCCAGCAAUUACAAUGAAAUGAAGAACAGGGAAUUCAAAGGAAGCAGAAUAGCACCAUUUGCUGGCAACCUUGCUAUAGUGUUAUAUGAAUGCACAAACAAUACUCAUAAAGUGCAACUGUAUAACAAUGAAAAAUUGAUGAAACUACCAUGUUGCAAAUCAUCAAUUGAUUGCCCAUUUGAAGAAUUUAGAAGAUGUUAUGAAAAAAUUGCCACAGAUUGUAAUUUAAAAAGUUUGUGCAAUGUUAAUUCCACAGCAACUCAUGAUGAGCUCUAGAAAGUAUUGUAAAUUAUUUGCUUUCUUAAUUUCCUCUGUUAGAAACAUAAACAUGAGUACAGGAUGUAGUGAAAUAAAUUCAUUUCAGUUAAAUUUUUUAGUAACUCAUCAUUAUAUUUAUUUGAGCAAGGAUUUCUUUGUGAAAUUAAGGACAUUUGUGAUUUUGAGUUUAUUUUGCUUUUUGAAAUGUAAUAAUGGAUCAAGAUAGAUAGAAGAAAAUGUA